GCAGCAGCGCGUCUAGAUGGAGAGAAUCAGUUCACCGUUACAAUGAAUGAGGGCCAUCAGCGUUGACGCAUCAUAUUUACUGACUUUCAGAGCAAAAACGACUUUGGAAAACGCAUCAAUUGCAGCUCGCUAGGUCGGAAUAACGAUGUCAGAACUAUGGAGGUUGUCAUUUUGCAUGUCAUUUCUUUCCCUGGCGAUCGCAAACUCCUCAUCAGUCAGUCAUCAGAUGCCUCAUGAUCUCAUCCAUCCUCCACAAAGCAAGAGCAAACCACAGAGACACCAAAAUCACACCAACUCAACGAGAAUACAGAUAGAUUUAAAAGGGCCCAAUGUUUGUGGCACCAGGUGCUGUUAUUCAUGGCUAGUCAACCCCAAGACCAAGCAGUGCACAAAACCAAGAUGUCACCCACGCUGCCAUAAUAAAGCAGUCUGUCGCCGGCAGAACAUCUGUCAGUGUCGUCCUGGGUUCCACGGCCAUCGCUGUGAACAUGUUAAUGUCAACCCGACCCCGAGCACCUGGUUUGAGACACAGCCUGGUCCCAUCUUACACUCAACCGCUGCCAUGGCAACAGUUACCAUGGCAAUGCCUGUAUCCACCACCAUCCACCCCAACAUCUCCACAUCUGCCUCCAACCCAGAUGCAAGAAUGACAUACUCAUUACGCUGGCAACCGCCCAGUUUAAAAGAGGCCCAGUCAGUCCUGUUGAAGAGAGCGCUGUCCAAUGCAACAGGUGGAGAGAAGAUCACAAGCGUUAUACUGAAAUACAUUGAGUCCGAGCGAAGCAGACUGGAGUCUUCAUCCUCUACUGAAGCAACCAAACUCUCCAGCACCAAAACCUUCCACACUCAACGCGGCCAGUACACACUCGUUUACACAGCAGCUGUCGCUCAGCCUUCUUCAUCUGACCAGCGCUCCACAUUCGUCCGCGGGGGUUCGGAGCGGAUCAAAGUGCUCUUCACCCCCACCAUCUGCAGGCUGCGCUGCACGCAGGGACACUGCACCAACUACUGUGAGCGCGGAAAUGUCACCACUAUCUACAACAGUGAGCAGGGAGGACAGACGCCGCCUGGAUCCGGCUUCAGAGUGUUCGUGUGUCCGAUGUUGUGUAAGAACGGAGGAGUGUGUGUACAGAAGGAUCAGUGUCUCUGCCCACCCAACUUCACUGGGAAGUUCUGUCACAUCCCCGUCCACCCCGCCGCCUCCAUCACCAAUGAUAUUGAGAAACCACCGGCAAGUGCUGUGGAUUCAGCCAAUCAGCCGAUGACGUCUGAGUACAUACUGCCUCUGCAGACGCCUGAGCAGAUCAACACCAAUGCCUCCCCCAUGGUGAAGGUGCGAGUCCAGCACCCUCCAGAGGCCAGUGUGAAAAUCCAUCAGGUGCUGAAGGUGGGUUACGGCCCCACGGUGCAUGAGCACUCGGAAACGGUCACCUGGUCCGCGGGGCUUUCGGGUGGCCAUCGUCGCCAGCUGCCGAGAGAGGGAGCGGAGGCGCCGCCACCACGGAUACAAGCCCAGACCAUACGUGGGGAUUCAGUCUACACGGAGUCAUCCGGCUUCAAAUACUGCUUCAGAGAAGUCCGCAAUGGACAGUGCAGUUCUCCUUUACCUGGUCUGCGCAGUCAGGAUAUGUGCUGCAGGGGUGUUGGGAAGGCCUGGGGAAUCAACGAGUGCACGCUCUGCCCAGCGCUCUUAGGAAACACUGUUAAUGGACAGGGGAGCUGCCCGAAAGGCUUCGAGAGGGUCAACAGGACGCAGUGUGUGGAUAUUAACGAGUGUUUGCAGCCGGGUUUCUGUGAAAACGGGAACUGUGUAAACACCCGAGGGAGCUACAGUUGCAUCUGCAAAGAGGGCUACUUAUUGGACGCCUCUCAUGGGAUCUGCAUCUCGCAGAAGGUGAUCUCGGAGGAGAAGGACCAGUGUUUCCGUAUCCUGAACCAGGGCUCCUGCUCUCUUCCCAUCCUGAGGAACAUCACCAAACAGAUCUGCUGCUGCAGUCGAGUGGGAAAAGCCUGGGGGAAGAAGUGUGAGUUAUGCCCUUUCUUUGGCUCAGCUGCCUUCAAAGAGAUCUGUCCUGCUGGACCGGGCUACCAUUAUUCAGCUUCAGCUGUUAAGUUUAACCAAAGACUAGCUGAGAUGCUUGACACCGGCGGGCCGCCCUUGGUUUCCGAAAAUGCCCGCACAUCCACACAGGGUGUAGUAUCCCAACCUGAAAGCUCCAGGACGCACUCAACAAGCUCUAGAAUCCAACAACCGACUAACACGCAAACCAUCAGAGUCCAACAACCUUCGAUCUCUCUAUCUACAAGACCACAGCAGCCUGACGCCAAUCCACAGACCGGUUCGUUUAUCAUUAUAACUCAACCAAAUCCAAACCUGUCAACAGGCGGCGGCUCUCAAACCACAAAUGCCAGACCUCAGCAGCCUUCCAGUGUCCGUCCUGGGAGCGCCGCCACAGGAAGCAACCAGCCGGUCAGAGUGAUUACGCCUGUUGUCCGGACGCAAACCAGCCGGCCCUCGAUUAACAGACAGCCAAUAUCUCCAGUCAGACCUCCGCCUGUGCCGGCUACAGCCCGACCACUGCCAACUAGACAAGAUGCCCGAGUGUGUGAAUCGCGUCCUCAGGUGUGCGGGUCGGGUCGCUGUAUUGACCUGCCCGGCGGCAGACACACGUGUGCGUGUAACAUUGGAUAUAUACUCAAUCCUCAGCAGGGCCACUGCCAAGACAUAAACGAGUGUCUGUUGACGCCCAGGCCGUGCUCUGUGGGACAGUGUGAGAAUACGGCGGGCAGCUUCCGUUGUGUGUGUCCAUCGGGAUACCAGACCAACUCCCAGCAGACCCUGUGUGUCGAUUUUGAUGAGUGCCGUCAGGUGCCCAAUCCCUGUAUUAACGGCCGCUGUGAAAACACACUGGGCAGCUUCAGGUGUGUGUGCAGAACUGGAUACAAGCUACAGGAGAACAGCUGCAUAGACAUAGAUGAGUGUGUUGACCCGCUCCGGUGUCCGGGUCAGGAGUGUGUGAACUCUCAGGGCUCGUAUAGGUGUGUUUCCUGUAGGCCUGGCUUUGAUCUGCUCAAUGGACAAUGCUCAGAUAUUGAUGAAUGUCGUCGGUCCCCGUGUCCCGACGGCCGCUGUGAAAACACACCAGGCAGCUACAGAUGCACGUGUCGAACCGGAUACAGAUUGCAGGCCAACACCUGUGUGGAUGUGAAUGAGUGUGAGAACCCAUUGCAGUGCCCCGGACAGGAGUGUGUGAACUCUCAGGGAUCGUAUAGGUGUGUGUCAUGCAGACCUGGAUUUGGCUUUAAAAAUGGAGCAUGCUCAGAUAUUGACGAAUGCCGUCAGACGCCUUCUCCUUGCUCGAAUGGACUGUGUGAAAACACACUUGGCAGCUUCAGGUGUGUGUGCAGAACUGGGUACAGACUGCAGGGCGGCACCUGCACAGAUGUGAAUGAGUGUGAAGAUCCAUUACAGUGUCCUGGACAGGAGUGUGUGAACUCUCAGGGAUCGUAUAGGUGUGUUUCCUGCAGGCCUGGAUUUAGCCUUAAAAAUGGAGCAUGCUCAGAUAUUGACGAGUGUCGUCAGACUCCUGAGCUGUGUGUUAACGGCCGGUGUGAGAAUAACGUGGGAAGUUACAGCUGUUUGUGUCGCCCUGGAUUCAGACUGGAGGGAAACAUCUGCAAAGAUGUGAACGAAUGUGAAAAUGAGCUUCAGUGCCCAGGAAAAGAGUGCGUGAACUCGGUUGGUUCCUUCAAGUGUGUCUCCUGUCAGCCGGGCUUUGAGCUUCAUGAUGGACGCUGCCAAGACAUAGACGAAUGUAGUCAAAACCCGACACGCUGCACUAACGGCCAAUGUAAAAACACUCCCGGCAGCUUCAGAUGUGUGUGCGCCGUGGGCUUCCAGCUACAGGACGGCGCUUGCACGGACAUUGACGAGUGUUUGGACCCACUGCAGUGUCCCGGUCAGCAGUGCCUGAAUUCUCCGGGCUCGUACAAGUGUGUCCCCUGCAGAGACGGGCACAGCAUGCAGAACGGACGCUGCACAGACAUUGACGAAUGUGAGAGUCCUCACAUGUGUGGGCCGCAGAGCGCGUGUGUGAACACGGACGGGUCGUAUCGCUGCGACUGCUUACCAGGAUACAGAGCAGCUGGUCCGCGACGCCAGUGUCGAGACAUUAACGAGUGUCUGGAAGGAGAUUUCUGCUUCCCGCGCGGAGAGUGUAUGAACACAGAAGGCUCGUUUAAGUGCGUUUGCGCACUAGGCUACAAGAGCACCGUUAACGGGACGUCCUGCCAAGAUGUGGACGAGUGCACUCAAGAGGGAGUUUGCCAGGACGGCCGCUGCAGCAACACCGAGGGAUCGUUUCUGUGCCACUGCCAAACCGGCUUCACCACCAACCCAGAGAGAACAGCCUGCCUGGAUGUGAACGAGUGUUUGGACUCAGAGGGGGUUUUGUGUGGAUCGCAGCGCUGUGAGAACACCAUUGGCUCUUUCCGCUGUGUGGCGUCCUGCGAGCCUGGAUACCACAUCACAGCCACAGGAGAGUGUGUGGACAUCAACGAGUGUGCCAAUGAGACGGUGUGUGGACUCCACGCCUUCUGCCAGAAUCUGAUUGGCACGUAUCAGUGUUUGUGCGACCAGGGAUACGAGUCCACAGGCGAUGGACAGAUGUGUGUGGACAUAAACGAGUGUGAGACGAUGCAGGGUGUUUGCGGAUCUGCACACUGCUGGAAUGUCGAGGGAUCGUUCACGUGCGAGUGUGAGAACGGACAGGAGGAAUUUGACCCGCUCACAAGGCAGUGUGUGAACAGAGAGAGCGCAGGUCGACUGAGCCUGUCCGGCGGAGCUUCCUCUUCCUCAUCCGGCCGUGGUUCUGGUGGGUCCUCUGGGUCGGUGUCUGGCUCUCUGCCGCAAACUCGGCCCGGAGAAAUAAAAGAGUGUUACUACGGCGUAUCCGAGCCGUACUCGUGCAAGAUCUUGUCUCAAAACACGACGCUGCAGGAGUGCUGCUGUACGGCCGGACAGGGCUGGGGCCUCCUGUGUCAGUAUGACAUCUGCCCCGAAGCUGGAACAGCCGAAUUCCAGACGUUGUGUCCCAGCGGAAGAGGGUACGUUACCAUGGAAACGGGAGCAUUCAGCUACAAGGAUGUGGAUGAGUGUAAGCUGUUUUAUCCGGAGGUGUGUAAAGGCGGUGUGUGUGUCAACAACAUUCCCGGCUACGCCUGUUACUGUUCCAGCGGAUUCUACUACGACACGGAUCUGCUGGAGUGCAUCGAUAAUGAUGAAUGUCAAAGUGAGGAUACCUGUACAGGUGGUUUGUGUGUAAAUACACUGGGAACGUUUUACUGUACGUGUGAGUCUCCUCUAGUGUUGGAUGACACGCAGCGCAACUGCGUCAAUGCAAGUGGACUCACUGAGGAUGAGAACUUAAACUUCUGUUGGCGUCACGUCACAGCUAGUCUGGUGUGUCAGAGUCCUUUGUUAGGAACUCAGCUGACCUUUACUGAGUGCUGUUGUAUGUUUGGUGAGGCUUGGGGUCUGCAGUGUGCCCUCUGCCCCCGCAGAGAUGAAGAGGCCUAUGAGGCUCUGUGUAAUGAGCUGGGUCCUCCGCCUUACUCUCCUCGUUAUUAUGAGCGCUUCAGCCCGGGGCCUCUACCUGGGAGAGGAGGAUACCUCCCACCUUACGGCCCCCCUGUGUACCCCGAAUCCCAGCCGGGACGUCCAGACUAUGUGCCAACUGAUUAUGAUGACUACAGCCCUGUAGGAGCAGGUGGAAGGAGGUCCGGCCUGAGAGGAAGACCGCCCAGUUCAUACGGGCUCCCAGACGACCCCUACAGGCAGCCAGCCACAGGUAGAAGUCGUUACUAUGAGGAGGACGAUUAUGAAACGGCUCCCGGCCCUCCCUUCGGUAUCCCGGAUCCUCGCGGUGAGCGGACGUUUGAUGCACGACCCCUGCCGCCCCGUCCAGACGGGCUUCCGCUGAGUUUGGCCCCUCUUCCGGAAAACUCCCCGUAUAGCGAGGGUGAGGAGGGGGAGUCAUGGAGAGCCCUGCCCCCAUUCCCAAUGUAUCCUGACAGACGGGAGGGACCACGAAGAGUCUAUGAGCGGAGAUACGAAUCAUACGGGAGUCUGAGUUCAGAGGAGUGUGGCAUUGUCCAUGGUUGUGAAAAUGGCCGCUGUAUCCGCGUUGAGGAAGGUUACACCUGCGACUGUUACGACGGCUAUCAGCUCGACAUCACUACCAUGAUGUGCAUAGAUGUGGAUGAGUGUGAAGAAGAAGACACACUCGACUGCAUUAACGCUCGCUGUGUGAACACGGAGGGCUCGUACAGGUGCGUGUGUCUCAGGGGUUUCAUCAUGUCCCGAAGACCCAACCACUGCAUCCAUGCUUGAUCAAAGUGUAAAAGCUGGACUCCAACAAUUUAGAGACUUAGAGACUUUUUCCGCCACAUUGCUGUAAAUUGUUUAUUUUAUGACUUUAUUUACAAUACUUGUGUGCCUAUCCAAAAGUCUAAUGCUGAAGCUUUACACACCACACACAUGACUAAAUAAUGUUGUACUAAAAAGAAAAACGAUAUGUUAAAUGUACAUGAUCUUUUUCAUUGUUUGGACUCAGAACGCAGGCCAGAUGAGCUUGAAUGUCUGUCAUAAAGAUCCACGAAAUCACAUAAACUAAUGCUUUUUUUAUUCAGAGUUCAUAUUUAUAUAUCCAUACCAAUGAAGGCAACUCCAUGUAUACUAUAUAUAAAUAUAUUUACAUGAAUUAUUUUUUGUCAUAUAACUGUCCGAGAAUCUCACCAUGUUAUUAUUUGAUACUGUAAAAUCUCUUUUUCUGUUUUCUUUCGUCUGUCACGUAACAAAAUGCACUGUAUCUGUGGGGGAAAUGCAGUUCUGUGAGUUUUUACACAACUGCUAUUGUACAGUUUUAAGACAUCUCAGAUGUUUGUUACAUAUUUUUAUGUGUACGUUUUUGAUAUCUUCUCUGACGAAGCUGUUUGAAAAUAUAUUUGCACACAUUCCUA